AUGGGUAACGGCCCAUUGAUACCUAUUCUAGGCUUCCUUACAUGUGUCGCAUUUAUCUAUCUCUCCUUCGGAGAUCUGUGGUUCGAUUACAAAAGGGAGCCGGAGCUAGGGUUCGUGAGUCGGAACGGCACGCAGUUCGUGCUGGAUGGUAAGCCUCUGUAUGUGAAUGGGUGGAACUCGUACUGGUUCAUGGACCACGCCGUCAAUGAUCAUAGCAGGCACCGUGUGGGUGUAAUGCUUGAAGCUGGAUCCAAAAUGGGCCUCACUGUGUGUAGAACAUGGGCUUUUAAUGAUGGAGGCUACAACGCUCUCCAGAUAUCUCCUGGCAGGUUCGAUGAACGCGUCUUCAAGGCCUUGGAUCAUGUAAUCGCAGAAGCAAAAAGACAUGGUGUUAGGUUGCUUCUUAGCUUAGUCAAUAACCUCCAAGCCUAUGGAGGAAAGACUCAGUAUGUUAAUUGGGCAUGGCAAGAAGGUGUUGGCCUCAGCUCCUCCAACGAUUCUUUCUUCUUUGACCCAUCUAUCCGCAGAUACUUCAAGAAUUAUCUCACCGUGCUGCUCACCCGCAAAAACUCGAUAACAGGGAUAGAGUACAGAAACGACCCUACAAUAUUUGCGUGGGAGUUGAUAAACGAGCCUCGCUGCUUUACUGAUAUCUCUGGGGAUACUCUCCAAGAUUGGAUUAAUGAAAUGACAGCAUUCAUUAAAUCGAUUGACAAGAAGCAUCUUCUUACCGUAGGCCUGGAAGGUUUCUACGGUCCCAAGAGCCCAAAACGGCUGACGGUAAACCCAGAAAAGUGGGCCUCUGAGCUUGGGUCAGAUUUUGUUAGAAACUCUGAGUCCCCAAACAUUGACUUCGCAUCGGUUCACAUCUACCCUGAUCACUGGUAA